AUGUAUAAAAGUGAAUUUCCAUCAUGUACGACAUUCAUUCACAUUGAAACGAACAAAAUGGAUAUGAAAAAUUGGCUAUUGAAUCAUUUGGAAAUCAAAGGUGAUUCUGGUGGCGAUGAUGACCUGAUCGAAACACUCUCUAUCGAUAAGUUUACCAUAAAAAUUCAUCAAAGUCCUCAGUCGUUGUUGGAUAAAAUUUCUUUUAUUGAAAAUAAUUUCACAUUGACGUAUCCAAUGAUUCAUCUGAAUGAUACUUGGUAUUAUGAAGUUCAAGUACGCAUUCGGGUUGCUGAAACAUUAAUUGCUAAAUUAUCACAGCUCAAACCUCUGGCAAUGGGGACUGAAAUUUCAAACAUUCAUAAAUUUAAAUUCCAACGACGUUUACAAGCUUUGAAUGCAAUGUUAAAAAAAGCUGAACCUAUUAAUCAAAAAUUACCAAACGUGUGCCAUUAUCGGGUGAUUAAUUGCACCAAAACCUCGAUCUUGGCUUGUUUUCAUGAUGUUUUAGCUGAAAUAAUCCAUGGAACCCCAAUUCUUUUGGUCACAGAUUUGUAUUCCACGAUUCCGAUUGUUUUUUUACGUGAAAUGUUCAUCGAAUGUGGCGGCCCAGCAUCCGUUUUUAAACAUUUAAUUGAUUUUAGAAUAUCAAAUCAAGGACAAAUUGGCACAUAUUUGCUAACGGAUACCGCCGAUAUACAUUCAGCGCUGGAUAAUUUGUUCGAUGUUUACAUCGUAAGCAACUUAUCUUGCAUCAAAGUUUUUGCUCAAGAAUCGUUGCGACCGAAAAUUGAAGCAAUUGUCGAACAAAAAUUGAAAAAUCAAUUUGUCAAUGAUUCUUUGUUUGCAGAAAAUGAAUCUUUUUCAAUUGGUUCAAAAGCUUGCUUAAAUCUUGAUGCUAUUCGGGUCGAUCAAAAUAACCAGGGAAUCGAAUUUCAUUAUUAUCGUUAUGUCGAUGAAUCAAUCAACAUGAUCAACCGUUUGAAAGGUUCUUCAUAUCGAACUUCUUUCGUUUCUAUCUGGUCUACUGAAGAUAUUGGGAUAGGAUAUAAAAUAGCGCGACAAAUUCAAACUACCCAACGCAAAUCGAUUAACUGUUGUUCAAUCAACCUACAGAAAUCAUUACAAUCUUGGUCAUUAGAGUUGAUUCCCUCAGAAUCAUAUCAUAGAUUUGCCGAAGCGGCAAAUUUCGAUUUGAAAACGACAUUAAACAAAAGUUGGUCGACGUUGAAAAAUCGCUCACAAUUGAUCGUUGAAACUCUGGACGCAAUUCAUGAGGAUAGCAUAGAAAUCGAAUUGAUACGAUUUAACAUUGAAUGUCAUCCAACGUCUGAAGAAUGGAAUCAUUCGUUUUUUGAAUAUGAAGAUUCUGAUACUUCAAGUCUAAUACAAUUAAAUUACAAAGCACCGUUGGGCAAUAUUAUUAUUCAUUUAGACAAUCAGAUUGAUAGUGCUAAGUAUCAAUAUGAUAAUGCUUCCAGAUUGAUGUUAUCAAUAUUCUGUUUUAGCUUGCUAUUGGAUGGAAAUGUUCUCACAUUAUUAGUCCCCAAGAAUAUAUUCAACGAUUGGCAACCAAUAGUCCAACAUUUCAAUUCAAAUCCUAUUACCAGGGGCAUUCUACAAAUUAUUGAAAUUGACGACACAUCGUAUCUAACAAAAUGGUGGUCAGACCUUAGGAACGAAAAACGUUAUAAUGGAUUGCUAUUACUUCUUGAUGAUGAGAGACGAAUCGAAUCUCUAUUCAUCAAUCAUAAAUGUUUUUUCACCAACAAGGGUGGAUGGCAAUCGUUAAUCAAAUGGAUUCGUUGUCGAUAUCAGUGUUUGAUUACAAUGCCAUUACAAGAGUACAAUAUGAACAAAAUUGUAACAUGAAUGUAAUCUGUUAAAUUCACUUUUUCAUCUAAUAUUUUCUAAAUUGCUAUCAAUUUUAUUAAGUGAAUCUAUACUAAAAUCCAAAUAAAGCUUUAUUCUAUUAUCGA